AUGCACACUGAGGAAAAAUCUAAUGGAAAUAAUGAGUGUGGAAAGACUUUUAUGGACAGGGACAGUAUUGUUAGACAUCAGAGAACCCACACUGGGGAGAAACCUUAUGAAUGCAAGCAGUGUGGAAAGACAUUCAGUUGCAACUCUGCUCUUGCUGUACAUCAGAGAACCCACACUGAGCAAAAACCAUAUGAACACAAACAAUGUGGAAAGACAUUCAUAGAUAAAUCCAGUGUUGCUAGACAUCAGAGAAUUCACACUGGGGAGAAACCUUAUGAAUGCAAGCAGUGUGGAAAAGCAUUGAGUCGCAGGUAUACUUUUAUUGUACAUCAGAGAAUUCAUACUGGGGAGAAACCUUACGAAUGCAAGCAGUGUGGAAAGACAUUCUUUCAGACAUCCAGUCUUGCUGAACAUCAGCGAAUCCACACUGGGGAGAAUUCUCAUGAGUGCAAGCAGUGUGGUAAGACAUUCAUAGGAAAAUUCAAUCUUGCCAGACAUCAGAGAAUUCACACUGGGGAGAAACCUUAUGAGUGCAAGCAAUGUGGAAAGACAUUCGUUUCCAGCUCUGCUCUUGCUUUACAUCAGAGAACCCACACUGGGGAGAAACCUUAUGAGUGCAAGCAAUGUGGAAAGACAUUCAUUUCCAGCUCCCAUCUUACUGUGCACCAGAGAAUUCACACUGGGGAGAAACCUUAUGAGUGCAAGCAGUGUGGAAAGGGAUUCAGCUGCAGCUCUCAUCUUGCUGUACAUCAGAGAAUCCACACUGGGGAGAAACCUUAUGAGUGCAAGCAGUGUGGAAAGACAUUCAUUUCCAGCUCUGCUCUUGCUGUACAUCAGAGAACCCAUAGUGGGGAGAAACCUCACGAGUGUAAGCAGUGCGGAAAGGCAUUCAGUUACAAGUCUGCAUUUGCUGUACAUCAGAGAAUUCACACUGGAGAGAAACCUUACGAGUGCAAACAUUGUGGAAAGGGAUUCAGUUGCAGCUCUGUACUUGCCGUACAUCAGAGAUUUCACACGGGAGAGAAACCUUAUGAGUGCAAACAGUGUGGAAAGGCAUUCAUUUCCAGCUCUGCUCUUGCUGUACAUCAGAGAAUCCACACUGGUAAAAAAUCUCAUGAGUGCAAGCAGUGUGGAAAGACAUUCAUUUGGAACUCCAGUCUUGCUUCACAUCAGAGAACCCAUACUGGGGAGAAACCUUACGAAUGCAACCAAUGUGGAAAGACAUUUACACAAAAACCAAAUCUUGCUGUACAUCAGAGAAUCCACACUGGAGAGAAACCUUAUGAAUGCAACCAAUGUGGAAAGACAUUUACACAAAAGCCACAUCUUGCUAGACAUCAGAGAACCCACACUGGGGAGAAACCUCAUGAGUGCAAGCAGUGUGGAAAGACAUUAUUUCAGACAUCCAGUAUUGAUGUACAUCAGAGAACCCACACUGGGGAAAAACCUUAUGAGUGCAAGCAGUGUGAAAAGGAAUUCAGUUGCAGCUCUACUCUUGCUAUACAUCAGAGAAUCCACAUUGUGGAGAAAUGUUACAAAUGAAAUCAACCUGGAAAGGCAUUCACAAAUAAUUCUAAUGUUGCUAUACAUAAGAGAAUCUACAGUGGGGAGGAACCUUAAGAGUACAAAGCUAUGUGGAAACAUGUUCACAUGCAGCUCCAAUCUGUCUUCUGCACUGCUCCCUGAACUGCCCUGCUGGGUGGCCCAGGCAAAGAAGAAAGCCAUAAUUGACUCCUGAAAUGAGAUUUGUGAGUUAGUGGGCAGAGGAAAGAUAUGAUAAUCUGAGGCAAGAAUUCAUUUCUAGGUUCUUCUCUUCUAUUUUUGUUAAUGGCUGGACUUCCCUGUGAUUGUGGCUAAGGUGUCCUAAUGAUUGCCACAGAAUAGCAAGAUAAAUGAAACAGGAAAGCAUAUCUCUCCUAUUUUUCCAUCUUUUCCCCUAUUACCUUAGAUUAAAUAACAUUAAUUUUGGGCCAGUCUCAUACUUUUCCCUCUUAUACUACACAUCACAGAUAUCAUAGACAUUCACACCGAGCUUUCACGUUGCUCACAAUCAGACAAUUCAUUCCACUGUCAUAUGAUCUCCUAAGAUUAGGUCCAAAUGGACAUGUGAUUUAGACCUAAAGUGUGAUCCCAUACGAAAAUUAAGGGAGCAUAAAAUAGUUACCUUUCAAAUCAAUUCAAUGAUAAGGGAAGAAUUUAUGAGCAAUUAAGAAAUUAAU